AUGUCUCUCCCCGACAGGCCCGGAGCGAGCUCUCCUUUGGACAACAGAAAUGCGUACAGAAACUCGCCUUCGCGAAGGACCCGUCCUGGAGAUGUCGACGCCGACGGUUACUAUCCUGUAGGAGGGCGACCUCAACAUCAACGUGGGCAAUCUGCGACUUCCUUCCCUGAGACGAUCUCGUCUCCUAAUACCAACACAGAGAACCAACCUCUAUCCCCGACUUUCGAUGCUCCCGCUUCAGGACCCUCGACCGCCGAAGAGCCCUUUCAGAGGAAGAGAAGCCUAAUCCGACCCGAGCGACGCAGAAUCGACAAGGACCACCCCAACUACUACUAUCGCCAACAUGCUGCCAACAUGAACGUCCUGCCCUCGGCCACUGGAAACGACCCGAUAGUCGAGGACAUGGAGGGCACCACGGAUGUGUCAGGGCGCUCGCAGACGAACGAUAACUACUCGGAUGCCUCGCCACCGAGAGCAACAAACAGCAGGCAAAACAGCGGAGAGGAAAAGAAGGGCCCGACUCGAACCAAGACGAAGCGUUUGAGCCGCCACAAGUCCGGUAAGCUCACUAAGGAGGGCAAGCGAAAACAACAGGUCGAGCAGAUUCGUCCCCCGAGUUUCUGGAACGUCUACUGCGCAAUCAUCACGUUCUGGAUGCCAAACUUCAUGCUCAAGUGCUGCGGCAUGGCAUCCAAGGCCCAACAACGAGCUUGGAGGGAAAAGAUGGGCUUGGUUAGCAUCAUCCUGUUAAUCAUGGGCUUCGUUGGUUUCAUCACGUUUGGGUUUACUCAAGCGGUUUGCGGAACGCCUCCGCUCCGUCUCCAGGUCAACGAUGUGUCUGAAGGAUACAUGAUUUUCCAUGGAACCGCCUACGACCUGUCGGGUUCUCGCCAUCCUCCGGCCGACGGUGUGCCCAUGAUCAACAGGACUCAUGGCGCAAACGUCUUGUACGACUUGCCCGAGAAGAACGGUGGAAAGGACGGCAGUUUCUUGUUCCAAAACGUCAAUGGUCGAUGCAAGAACCUCAUCACGCUCGCCGACAAUUCGGAUGUGCCAACGAACAGUAACGGCGAUCUGGCCUGGUACUUCCCUUGCACCGUCUUCAACCAGGACGGCUCAUCGAAACCCAACCUGACCAUCCCUUACUACCUUGGAUGGGCCUGCCACACCACGCGUAAGAGCCGCGACACGUUUUAUCUUGACUUGAGCGGCGCCGCAGAUGUCUAUUUUUCUUGGAAUGACAUCAAGAACAGCUCCCGCAACCUCAUCGUCUACUCGGGAACUGUUUUGGACCUCGACAUGCUCAACUGGUUUAAUACGAGCCAAGUAAAGGUGCCCGAUCGCUUCAACGAGCUCAAGGACAAGAAUUCGGCCGUCAACCGUGCCAUUCGUGGACGCGACGUCACCAGAGCCUUUCAGGGCUCGGCUGAUAAGCAGAUAGCCGAGUGCUUCGAGGAGAUCAUCAAGGUCGGAUCCGUCGAUACUGAUACUGUCGGCUGUAUUGCCUCCAAGGUCGUUCUCUACUGCUCUCUCGUCCUCAUUCUGGCCGUUGUGUUGACGAGGUUCUUCCUUGCCGUCUUCUUCCAAUGGUUCAUCAGCCGGACAUACGCUGCCGCCAAAACGUCACAGAGCGGAGACAAGCGCAAGCGCAAUCGUCAAAUCGAGGACUGGUCUGAGGACAUCUACCGGGCACCCCCCAGACUCCCUGGUGAUAUUGGAAGCAGUGUUAAUGGCUCUUCUGACCGCACCAGUAAGCGUCAAAGCUCCUUCCUGCCCACGACUUCACGCUUCUCUACCGUUUAUGGAGCGGGCGCAGCGACACAGGCCGGUGGGAAGCGGAUGCCUACCACGAUGGCAAGCUCGGGUGCUGGCAGCAACAUGCUGCAUCCCAAUGCCAUGUACCGCCAGGGCAACGACAGCCGGACCAGUUUCCUCCGCUCAGAUCCCUACACCAGUAACGUCAGCCCGACCGAAGGUCCCGGGCCGGCCGGUUUCAUUCAUGAGGCCGUCGUCCCUCAACCGCCUGCCGAUUGGAUGCCGUUUGGAUUCCCGCUUGCUCACACAAUGUGUCUGGUUACCGGUUACUCUGAAGGUGAACUUGGUAUCCGGACGACGCUCGACUCCAUCGCCAUGACCGACUACCCCAACAGCCACAAGGUCAUUGUCAUUAUUUGCGACGGUAUCAUCAAGGGCAAGGGUGAAACGAUGUCCACCCCUGACUACUGCUUGUCGAUGAUGAAGGACCAUACAAUCCCCCCCGAUGAAGUUGAGCCGUUCUCCUACGUGGCAGUCGCCAGCGGUUCCAAGAGACACAACAUGGCCAAGGUCUACUCUGGUUUCUAUGACUACGGCGCCAAAUCGGCCAUUCCCCUUGAGAAGCAGCAAAGGGUUCCUGUUCUUCUUGUGGUCAAGUGUGGCACGCCGGACGAGGCGACCAAGUCGAAGCCGGGUAACCGUGGCAAGCGUGACAGCCAGAUCAUUCUCAUGUCUUUCCUUCAAAAGGUCAUGUUCGACGAGCGUAUGACAGAGCUCGAGUAUGAGAUGUUCAACGGUCUUUGGAAGGUCACCGGCAUAUCGCCCGACUUCUACGAAAUCGUUCUCAUGGUCGACGCCGAUACCAAAGUCUUCCCCGACAGUCUGACGCACAUGGUGUCGGCCAUGGUCAAGGACCCCGAGAUCAUGGGUCUUUGCGGCGAGACCAAGAUUGCCAACAAGCGCGACAGCUGGGUUACUGCCAUCCAGGUCUUCGAAUAUUUCAUCUCUCACCACUUGGCCAAGUCCUUCGAGUCCGUCUUUGGCGGUGUCACGUGUUUGCCCGGUUGUUUCUGCAUGUACCGUAUCAAGGCGCCCAAGGGAGCCCAGGACUACUGGGUUCCCAUCCUGGCCAACCCUGAUAUCGUCGAGCACUACUCCGAGAACGUCGUUGAUACCUUGCAUAAGAAGAAUCUUUUGCUGCUCGGUGAGGACCGAUACCUGACAACUCUCAUGCUUCGCACCUUCCCCAAGCGCAAGCAAGUUUUUGUACCACAGGCUGUCUGCAAAACCACCGUGCCUGACUCCUUUGGUGUUCUGCUUUCGCAGCGUCGCCGCUGGAUCAACUCGACUAUCCACAACCUGAUGGAGCUGGUGCUGGUCCGUGAUCUCUGCGGUACCUUCUGCUUCAGUAUGCAAUUCGUGGUGUUCAUUGAGCUUAUGGGAACCCUUGUGCUGCCUGCCGCAAUUGCCUUCACCUUUUACGUCGUCAUCAUCUCCAUCGUUAACCAGCCCCCGCAGAUCAUUCCCUUGAUCCUGCUGGGUCUCAUUCUUGGUCUCCCCGCCGUGCUCAUUGUCUUGACGGCGCACUCCUGGACCUACGUCUUGUGGAUGCUGAUCUACCUGGUAUCGCUUCCCAUCUGGAACUUUGUCCUUCCCACGUACGCGUUCUGGAAAUUCGAUGACUUCUCGUGGGGUGAUACGAGAAAGACGGCGGGUGAGAAGACGAAGAAGGCCGGUCUCGAGUACGAGGGCGAGUUUGACAGCAGCAAGAUCACCAUGAAAAGAUGGGCCGAGUUCGAGCGCGAACGCCGGACGCGCACCAACUACUGGGGCUCCAAGGAGAACGUCGUCGGCGGGGGCAACACCUGGACGAUGCCCCCGAGUCAUCAGUACAACGACGAGUACUACUCUGACGCAUGA